CUACUUUAAUUUCAAAGAUAAAAUUAUAAGAAUGAAAACUGGUUUAUUUAUGGGAUCAUCUUUAGCACCAAUUUUAGUUGAAUGGGUUUUAGAUGAAGUAAUUCAGGAAGCAUUUCAAAAAAUAGAUUUUGUUCCACAAUUUUGGAUGGCAUAUGUUGAUGAUCAUUUGACUGCAGUUCCAAAAAACAAAAUAAAUAUGAUCAAAACAGCUUUAGAAUCAUUUGAUGGCAAUAUUCUUUUUACCUAUGAAACAGAAAAUGUUGUAACUAAAGAAAUAAAUUACCUGGAUUUAACAAUUAAAAGAAAUGAAGACGGCAGUAUCAUCACUAACUGGUUUCAUAAACCGAUAGCUUCAAAUAGAUUAAUUAACUAUUAUUCAGCUCAUCCAAUUAAUAUGAAAUAUAACACUGUUAAAAGUUUUAUUAGAAAGGUGUUUUCAUUCAGUCAUAAGAUUUACAUGGAAAAUAACAUUGAAAGAAUUAAUCGCAUUUUGAUUAAAAAUAACUAUCCAGUUCAAGUCAUCAAUAAAUUAAUUAAAUGUGUUCAAAAUGAAAAUUUUAAAAAUCGAACUAAAUCACCAAAUAAAUAUAGUAGAAGAAGCUACCAAUUCCUAUCUGAAACAAAAGAUGAAACUGUUAUUCGCGAUACAAAAAUUUAUUCAUCUAUAACUUAUAUUCCUGGACUGAGCGAAUCUUUAGCAAAAAAGUGCGAAUACUUUGUUCCUGAAAUAAAAACUGCCAUGAGACCAAAUAACAAAGUAUCUCAUUUUUUCGCUAAUACAAAAUCAAAGAUUGAGAAAACAAAUAAAAGUGGAGUAGUUUACUCUAUUCCAUGCAAUGACUGCCCAAAAAUAUAUAUUGGUGAAACAAUACAAAAAUUAGGUUGUCGUAUCAAUCAACAUAAAAAUGAAUGCAAGAAAGUCCUCGAAGGCUCAUCUUACAAAAAUAUCGCCGCUUUAGCUGAACAUACUAAACAAAAUGGACAUUCUUUUAAAUUCGAUGAAACUAAAAUUUUGAAAUCUGAAAAUCAAAAGUUUAAAUUACAAGUGCAUGAAGUAAAUCAAAUAAUUAAGUACGAAGAAAUAGCUUGUAAUUUUAAAACUGAUAAAAAAGACUAUAGUAAUACUUACCAUAACUUAAUAGUUAGUUCUUAAAAUAACAUAAAUAUUAAUUUGUUAUAAAUAAUUACUUUAUUUAUUUGUACUCAGUAAUUUGCUUGUUUUGAUUCUUAAUUAAAAAUUAAAAAUCAAAAAUAAAAAUUAAAUCAAUCAUUUCAUAAAUAUUAAUGUUGUAGCCUGUGAAAAUAUUUUAUAUGUUAUAAAUAUAAUUAUAUCAUAGCCCUGAAGAUGAGGUGUAAAUCACCUCGAAAUAUAUUGGCAAAAUAUUAAAAAAUAAAAAAUG